AUGUUGCCAUUUAAGAGUGAAGACGAAUUUCCCCUUUUUAGAUACAGCAGAGCCAUGCAUCAAGGAAACGGAACUACUUUCUCUGGCUUCAUCCUCCUGGGACUCAUGGUGGGAUCUGAGCAGCAGAUGCUCAUCUUCGCACUGUUUCUCUGCAUGUAUCUGGUCACUAUGGUAGGAAACUCGCUUAUCAUCCUGGCUAUCAUCAGUGAUACUCACCUCCACAGCCCCAUGUACUUCUUCCUUGCCAAUCUUUCCUUCACUGACAUCUGCUUUACAACCACCACAGUCCCGAAAAUGUUGGCUGACAUUCAAAGCCAGAAUCCAAGCAUCUCCUUUGUAGGAUGCCUUACACAAAUGUAUUUUUUCAUGCUCCUGGUGGACCUAGACAAUUUCCUUUUGGCAGCCAUGGCGUAUGACCGAUAUAUUGCCAUCUGUCAUCCAUUACACUAUGCUGCACUGUUGAAUCCGAAGCGCUGUGCCUUGUUGGUUGUCAUUCCCUGGGUUAUCUCAAAUCUCAUCUCAGCACUGCAUCUCAGCCUGCUGAGCCACUUGUCUUUCUGUGAUCCGAGAGUAGUCCCACACUUCUUCUGUGAUCUGGAACCCAUUUUAAGGCUUGCUUGCUCAGAUACUCGAAUCAACAACUUACUCAUCCUCAUUGUUGGGGGAGCAGUUGUCUUCAUCCUCUUUACUUUCAUUCUUGUCUCCUAUGUCCUUAUUGGUACUGCUGUGCUUGGUGUUCCAUCCAUAAAAGGAAAAUGGAAGACAUUUUCUACAUGUGGGUCCCACCUCUCAGCAGUGACCCUCUUCUACGGGUCUCUUGCUGGUGUCUACUUUCUCCCGGCUUCCAGCUACUCAGCAGAAAGGGAUAAGGUGGCUGCCAUCAUGUAUACAGUAAUUACACCCAUGAUGAACCCCUUCAUCUACAGUCUAAGGAACAAAUACAUGAAAAGGGCACUAAGGAGGCUCCUUAGCAAAAAAGCUUUUUUGUGGAGUUGGUGA